AAAUAUAGCUAGAUGAGAAUGAAAAUAGAGUAAGAGGUAGAGGCAGAGAAUUGAAAGGACAGGAUCAAGACUUCUUGACAACCAAGUAGGAUCCGAUUACAACGGACUCUAUGUUGGGUUGGGUGAGGUGAUGCUGUUAUGAAAAUCCAUUCCUUCUCUCUUUUUCUUUUCUCUAUUUUCUAACCAUUUUUGUGUUGUGUCUAAUCUCUUCAUAUAUACAUAGAAAAAACACAACACAGCCAGGGGGAACAAAAGAGAGAGACGAGGAAUCAUUGUUCCUUUCGGUCUGAAGGGAACGACGAUUCCUCAUUUUAUGUUCCUUCUCUUUCUGCAUGCUAAGUUUUGCAAGGAUUUUUUGAGGAGCAUUAAUUAAUAAUAGACACAAAUUAUAUCUGGACAUUUUAUGAAAACCAAAAUGUUGGCUGGAUUAGUGAAGAAGUUAGCUUCAACCACAAUGGGAAGCUGUGCUUCAAAACCAAAUGGGAAGGCCAAUCGUCAAAAAAGAAGGAGUUACAAAUCCGCAAAGCGUAGAGGAAAUAUUUCCUCUGCGCUUCCGGAUACUCCUUUGAAAAGGAUUAGCAAUGCAGGGAGCCGCGUGGGAGAUUUUAGUAUUGGUGACUUUGUUCACCUCGAUUUCGAAAAAGGUGCUUCGGCUACAUGCAGAAGAUCAGAAGUUUCAAAUGUCAAGUUUCAUCUUACCCAAGUUCAAUACCAUAGUCAAAUUGAUGCAAAUGGAAAAUAUCAAGAGGAUGCAUGGUUCGACUCAGUAAGCAUUAUAGAAUCUGAUUCCUUAGAAUCUGAUUCAGAUGAUGACUUCAGUAGUGUUCAUGGAGAUUGUUUUCCUUUCGCGGGCAACACUAUCGGAAAUGCCCCAAAUACUCAAUCUAUACAAUAUGAAAGUUCAUCCUGCAUUGUAGAUUCAGGGAGUAAAUAUGAGGAGUUUUAUCAUGAGAGCUACCUUAAGAUAGAUAAGAAUGGAGAGAAAACUCAAGAAAACAACUCGAAACAAUCAACGGUUAUCAGGCUUUCUGUUACAAGACAAUCAACUGAUUUAAAUGAAAAGAAUGAAAAGACUGAAUUAUGUGCAUCGGAGAGAUUUCUUUAUCGUCCGAAAGCAGGGAUUCAAAUUCCAAUUUCAACUCAAGAAAAACCAUGCCCUGGUUCCUGGUCAACAGUUUCACCUUCAGUGUUCAAGCUCCGUGGUGAAACAUUUUUCAUAGAUAAGCAGAAGAGUCCUGCUCCAGAAAACUGCGCUUAUAAACCAAUCGGUGUUGAUUUAUUUGUGAGUCCAAAGAAGAUAAAUCACAUUGCUAAGUAUCUUGAACUUCCAAGUGUUAGUCCAAAUGAAAGUGGUGUACCUUCACUUCUCGUUGUUAAUAUACAGUUGCCAACAUAUCCUGCUAGCGUGUUCCUUGGUGACGCCAAUGGCGAAGGUUUGAGCCUUGUACUAUACUUUAAGUUGUCAGAGAAUUUCGAAACAGAAAUCUCGCAGUGUUUUCAGGACAAGAUCAAGAGAUUAGUCGAUGAUGAGAUGGAAAAGGUGAAAGGUUAUACAAAGGAAAGCUCAGUUCCAUUUAGAGAAAGACUAAAAAUUUUGGCCGGAGUAGUUAAUCCAGAAGAUCUUCACCUGAAUUCUGCAGAGAGGAAACUUAUACAAGCUUACAAUGGCAAGCCCGUGCUUUCGCGUCCUCAACACCAAUUCUUUAAGGGACCUAACUACUUUGAGAUAGACCUCGACAUUCACCGUUUUAGCUAUAUAUCGAGGAAGGGACUCGAUUCACUUCGAGACCGUGUAAAGCAUGGAAUUCUUGAUGUUGGCUUAACUAUCCAGGCACAAAAGGAAGAGGAACUUCCAGAGCAAGUGUUAUGCUGCUUAAGAUUGAACAAAAUUGACUUUGUUAACCAUGGCCAAAUUCCUACCAUUAUGGCUCUUGAUGAGAAAAUUGAAUAAGGGAAUCAAGGAAAACAAAGAUUAUUGAUAUUUGAAAAGAAUUGAGUGUCAAAUCUAUUUUUUAAAUUAACACAUGAACCUAAGAGAGAAGCAAAUUCAAGAAAUUUGUCUUCUCUUACGUGCAAUAUUUAUUUUUUAAAUCCUAAUAUGUGAUUAUGGUAUUGAAGUCCUCUAUGUUAAUUUGCAUAAUCCAGUUGCCUCCUUGUGUUCCACUAUGAGAGAGGCUUUUAUUUAGUUCACAUAGAUAUUGUACGAUUGUUUCAUUGAUAUUGUAAAACGACAUAUAUGCAAUAAAAGAAAUAUUUUUUUGUUACAAUGAUUUA